GGGGAUUCCUCUCUUUACUCUUCUCCUCUUGGCAGGAUUAAGAGUGUCAGGAGCUACAGUCUCUGACAGCUUUAAAGAGUGCAGUCAGUUCCUCUACAUGCGCACAGCACCCACUGGCAUCCGAGGAGGAAACCUAAAGAAAAUUUGCCAGCGAUAUGGAGACAAACCACGCUAUGCCACUCUGUACGACAGCAGUCGACGUCUGGCUCUCUAUUCAGCCUACACAUUCAAGAAAUCAGAUGGACAGAGGAGGAUGGACACUCCAUGGAUGUAUGAACCUCAGUUAGCCUCUGAGGAGGAGAGUGGAAACAUGCAAACACUGCCCCCUAGUGACAAGACUGACCCAUUGAUUGAGGAUAGCCAGGCCAUGUUGGAGGACUACGUUGAUGCUGUGGAGUAUGAACGUGGGCCACUGAACCCAGACCAGCAUCAGGCUGACAACCAGGACAAAGCUGCUACCUACACUCUUACUAACGUGGUGCCUCAGAUCACUGACUUUGUGGAAGGUUCCUGGACAGCAUACACAGACAGAAUAAGACGACGACUCAACAACUUCUGCCGAGGUGUUUCGUACGUGGUAACUGGGGUGACAAUUUCUGGGUUGACCAUUCGUAGAGGUGGGCAGGACCGCAUGGCCAUCCCUAAGCACCUGUGGUCAGCGUACUGCUGCCCUCGGUAUGAUCGUAACUCACCAUAUGAAGUGAGGUAUAUGUUCCCCUCCUAUGCAGCGUAUGGACUCAAUGAGAUAGUGGGCCACAGUGUAGUGGAGGUUUCUCUAAAGACACUGGAGAGCUUUCUGAAGAACCAAACAGGAAUGGACAAAAAUGUGAGCAUAUUCCUCAAUGGCUGUGUCUCAGAGAACAAAUGGAAGAAAAGGAAGAAGAGAUAGAAAUAUUAUAACAUUGUAUGUGACAGUGUUUUAAAUGCUUAUGUUUCAAAGUUAGAAGAAGCCAGUAGAACAUAAUCAUACGAAACAGUAAG